AUGGCUAACGAAAAGGAUGCUAACCGAAAAGUAAUUGAUACAAAAGCAGAAAAAAAUCUUACGUCAACAGUGACUGAUUUUCUUGCCGGCAUAAUACAAUUACCGCUAAUCAAUGUUACUGAAGAUGGUGUGGAUUUUAUAUGUCCCGGUACUGGUCCUACUAGCAGUUUAGAAGGAUACACCAGCUUUUUUUCUCAAGCAGGGACAUUCAUCCCUAUUGCAGGUCUUCUUUUUACUAUAGUUGUUUAUGGUGCAAAAUCUAUAUUUGGAAUUAUGACAACCUGCUUGAUUGAUGACAUUGUUAUUGCUACAACUUCUUUUGCACCAAUUUUUUGGUGGUACACUUUUGCCAAACCAUUAUGGUUUUAUGGAAUAAUACAUGAAAUCCAAGGGGAUCUAAUUUACGACAAAGAUCUUAUCAAUUCAAUAACUAUUGGUGUUUUGUUCGGAAUAAUGAUAAUUCUCCAGAUUUUUGGGGCAAUUGUCAGGUUUCAUUUUCAUCAAUGUCGGAAUGAACUCAACAAAGAUUCAAUAUGGUUUCAAAUGCUUCCAAAGAAUUUACAUGUUACCAACAAAGAAUUCUUUGGUGGUUUUAAAGACAUGUUUAUUUGGGGGUAUUUUCUUCAUUCAGUUGAAGUCAUAGUUUAUAGUUUCUUGACAUACAAGUAUAUCUUUUCAACAUACUUUAAACAAUUCGAUCAACUUAAUUCAGAUAAUGGAUCAAAGGUUGUUGUAUUUGCUAGGCAAAUCAACUUGUUAUUUUUAAACUAUUUCAUAAAUUUUUGUUAUCUCUUCGCGACUGUUUGUCUAGUUGCAACAUAUCAUUUUCCUAAUUUGGAAAAAUAUAUAUUUUGUAUUACUGGUAAAAAGAGACGUUAUAGUGGCUUUGUUCUAAUUGAAUGUACUUAUAAACAUGGUGGAGAUGAGAAAGUUUAUGCAGAAAUCAAAAUUAAAAAUAUUCAUGAGGUUGUAUAUUUUUAUUAUCAAAAGAAUAAAUCAUUGGAUGAAUGGACAAGAUGCCGAUUUGGUUCUGCGGGUGAAUACUUUUAUAUUUGUGAAGAAAAAGAUAAAGACGAAGGAAAAAAUGAUCAACAACAAAAUAAAGAUAAAAAAUUCCAAAACAUUCGAAGAUUUUUUCUUAAUGUGAGCAAGUAUCUUUUUGGGCAAGGAGUCUUUGAAAGUGGUCCAAUCCUAGAAGAAAUCAAGAAGAUUACCGGGGCAGAUACAACUUGUCCUCUGCAUCUUAAUUGUGAAAUAAUCAAAGGUGCUAUGGAAAAAAAUAUCGAACAUGGAAAUAAAACUACGGGAAAGAAUGAAGAAGAAAAAGAUGGACCAACAACGAUAAAAGUGAAAAGGAUGGAAACGGAAAAUAAGGUACGGAUCAACAUACUUGAAACUGGAGCUCUUAAUUAUCUUAUUUACUCUCAUCGUAAGGAUUCUAAAGAGGAUUACGUGGCAAAAAAGAAAUAUGAAUUUGAAAUUAGUGAUUUCUAUGAAAAGUGCUAA